AUGGAAUCACCCGUUGUUGUGGAUAAACCGCCUGAAUAUCACGGAAGAGCUGCGAAUAGUAAUCAGCGCGGCUUUCCGUUUGAUGAGGAGGAGGGUUCAGGCGCGUGGAGCGAGCUUGCGGCGCGGCACCCGGACAUAGCGGCGCGGCUGCGGCAGCGACCCGCCACCUGGGCCAGGAAGCGACGCCCCUCCAGCCAGGACGCGACUGACGAUUUUGACGAUAACUUCAGCGGCUUCGACAGAUUCCCGUUCGACGACAUCCCAACAGAGUUCAGAGAGCAUUUCCCGUCACAUUGGAACCGCCGGUACGGUUCCCGAGACGAACCACAUCAGCAGCAGCCGCCUUCACCGCAGCCACAGUCGCCACAACAGCAUUCUACAGCUACACAGACUGAACAGGCGCCAGGACCAUCCCAGGACGACCAACAGUCUCAUUUACCACAGUACGGAUUAAGAAACACAGUAGACCUUGGACAGAAAAGUCCCGCACACCCUGGUUUGGUUGAUGAGGGCGACCGAAAUCACCGGUCUAUGUCAGCGCCCCCCGAUCAUCGCACAUCAGGUCACAGUAAUAUAAACAAAAUGAGUGGACAGAAUCACCAGGAACAAGCUCACCAUCCGCAAACGGAACAACACUCUUCCAAUGUACGACAUAUCCCUAUUUUCGUGGAAGGCAGAGAUGAACCUGUAAUUAAUAAAUCAGUAGACCAUGGUACGCACUUUGGUGACACUAAGCCUACCUACGUACCUCCGUCACAGCCACAUAUUGAUAGAGAUCAGUACUUUGCCGAUGAUGGCCCUGUCAAUUUCCAUCAUCCUCCCAACUUCUCGAAGACUUUCGGUACGCCAUUUAAUAAAGGAUUUAGACAGGGACCACAGCCGUUUGUACAGCAAAAAGUGUAUCCACAAACAGCGUUCGCUCGCGGUGCGUCCCCACAGAGAUCACAGUCUCCUAAACCACAAAUGCCCCCAGAGGAGCAUUACGUGAAGGUACCAGUCCACCAUGAGCAUACACCGAGAGCUGAGACUCCGUCCAGAGCACAGCAGAAGCAGCCUCCACGCCAGCCUACCCCUCAGCGACAGUCCACGCCCCCUCAGCAGCCUCCCCAGCAACAGAAAGCUUCCCCGCAACAGAAAGCUCAACCGCAACAGCAAGCUCCACCGCAGCAGGAAGCUCCACCGCAACCUAAACCUCAGCCAUCUAUAAAUGAUCCAAUAACGCAAAUCUUAAGCAUCCAAACUGAUGUUCUAAACCUUAUGUCAGAAGUUGAAAACUUUACUGGUACGAAGAAAGACAAAAGAUACUUGUACCUAGACGAAAUGCUUACCAGGAAUCUAAUAAAAUUGGACACAAUCGAAACUGAUGGCAAAGAAAACAUAAGACAAGCAAGGAAAGAAGCUAUUCGUUGUAUUCAAAAAUGCAUAGCCGUGUUGGAAGCUAAAGCUGAGAAAGGCAGCAGGGCUUCUCAAGCUCAAGAUGUUGAAAUGGAAAAUCCUACGACUAACGAGCAGAGCGCAGAAAACGGUGAAUUAGAGUCGAAAAAUGUUAGUAACACAGAAACUACGACAGAGUCUGAAAUGGAGCAAGAAAAUGCUGAAAAGUCUAAAGAGGAACAAGUUGAAGAACAAAAGCCACAAGAAGAAAAAGUUGAAGUUGCGCCGCCUGCCGAGAGCAAGGAAGUUGAUCAAACACAAGUCGCAGACACGCGGCCAGAACAACAAGUUAAAGAACAGACCCCAGAAGUUACAGCAGUUGAAAAACAUAACGAAAAUGUAGAAAAAGAAAAGAAAAGCCCUAAAAAGGGCACGAAAAAUGUAAAGAAACGUGAUAAGAGUAAGGAUAAGAAAGAUGCAAAUAAUGAUAGUAUUAAGGAAGUAAAUGUUGAGCAGAAAGAUGAUAAGUCCCAAAUAAAUCCAGUAGAAAAGAUUGAACAAAAGAUUGAUGAAAAAGAACAGAAUAAAGAUGCAAAGGUAGAACAAGGGACAGAAGAUAAAGUUGAACAAAAGAAAAAUGAGAAAUUAGAAGCUAUGCAGAUUGAUGGUAAAGGCGAUAGCACGGAGGCGCCGACAAUGGAAGUAGACAGUGCUGCUAGUCAAUAA